AGAUUUGUGCAUCUUCGUGCAUAGACAAGGUGCAUGCACGAACUCGCAUGAUCUUCUUUUCUGUUUUAUAAGCUUUUCUUUUUGUCAACUUUCUGUUUUAUAAGCUAAAAAAUCAAUUAUUGUUUACUACCAGAACUAAGAAUUAACCCAAAAACACAGAAGAUAAGAUCAAAACGAAACCUAUUAAACGUAAUUCCAUAAACCCUGUUAUACAUUUUACAACUAGGUAACCAAGGAAGAAGAUUCUUAGAAGAAAAAAACUUAAGAAAUCAAGAUCCAUUAGGUAUUUGAUCAGUAAAUCUUAAUAUAAAUUACUUAAUGCUUGCAUAAUAUUUCGAAUCAAAAUAAUAAAUCAAUCUAGUGAUCUACUAUCACUGAUAGUUUCAUUUUCUUAUUUUGUAAUCUAUAUAAUUCUAACGGUCAAUACAAUUAAGUAAACUACAAAACUAAUGAAAUAGUUUAUUCAAAACGUCUAUUGUAAAACCCAGCCCUAAAGAAAACUAAAAAUCCAGAUGCAACCAUUAAAAAAAACAGAUUUGACUGAAUACAAUUUUACAUUCAUUCAUUUUUUUUUUUACAAAACUAAGUAAACAAACUUUUGUUUACGGUAUGAAAUGGAAUGGAGUUAAUGAAAAGAUUCUUUCAUUAUGUUAUGUAAUCUGAUUGUACUAAUACCUAAAUAAGAUGCAGAAUAUCCGUCAGUAUUAUUCCUUCACUACAAAAAAUAAGAUGGACUUUGCGGAUAUUGUUUCCACUAGAUAAGUAUGGUACAAAACAAAUUAAGUUAUACUCCAAUAAAAAAGUAUGAUAAAAGAAAAAGAAAAAAAAAGAAAAGAUCAUAUUAAAGUAAUAAAGAAAAUAAUGAAAUGGUUAAACCUCACUUUCAAAGCGCGCAUCUGACGCCUAUCACACUUCCUCUAUAUAAACAGUGGAUACGCUCUCAUUAGCUCUCAUCUCUGAAUCUGAUUCCACCAUCUAAUAACCUUUUCAGAGUUCAGACCAAUAACAGUUUCUUGUCUUCUUAAAAGAAGAAGUCAGAAAGAGUGUGUAGAGCGAUUGAUCAACGAUCAUGGCGGGUCGUAACAUAGAGAAGAUGGCGUCCAUUGAUGCUCAGCUUCGUCAACUGGUUCCUGCUAAAGUGAGUGAAGACGACAAACUCAUCGAGUACGACGCUCUUCUCCUCGAUCGUUUCCUCGACAUUCUCCAGGACUUGCAUGGAGAGGAUCUCCGUGAAACGGUACAAGAGUUGUACGAGCUCUCUGCUGAGUAUGAAGGCAAACGUGACCCUAAGAAGCUUGAGGAGCUAGGGAGUGUGCUCACGAGUUUGGAUCCUGGCGACUCCAUUGUUAUCUCCAAGGCCUUCUCUCACAUGCUUAACUUAGCCAACUUGGCUGAGGAGGUGCAGAUUGCUUACCGGAGAAGGAUCAAGAAGCUGAAGAAGGGGGAUUUCGCUGAUGAGAGCUCUGCCACUACCGAGUCUGAUAUCGAGGAGACUUUCAAGAGGCUUGUUGGUGUUCUUGGUAAGUCUCCUGAAGAGAUCUUUGAUGCUUUGAAGAACCAGACUGUUGAUUUGGUUUUGACUGCUCAUCCUACUCAGUCGGUGCGUAGAUCUUUACUUCAGAAGCACGGCAGGAUAAGAGAUUGUCUAGCUCAGUUGUAUGCAAAGGACAUUACUCCUGAUGACAAGCAGGAGCUUGAUGAGUCUCUCCAAAGAGAGAUUCAAGCUGCAUUCCGCACAGAUGAGAUUAGGAGAACACCUCCAACCCCACAAGAUGAAAUGAGAGCUGGAAUGAGCUAUUUCCAUGAGACAAUCUGGAACGGUGUCCCUAAGUUCCUUCGCCGUGUUGACACGGCUCUGAAGAACAUUGGAAUUGAUGAACGUGUUCCUUACAAUGCCCCACUGAUUCAGUUCUCUUCAUGGAUGGGCGGUGAUCGUGAUGGUAAUCCGAGGGUCACACCUGAGGUCACUAGAGACGUGUGCUUGUUGGCUAGAAUGAUGGCAGCCAAUUUCUACUAUAACCAGAUUGAGAAUCUCAUGUUUGAGUUGUCUAUGUGGCGUUGCACUGAUGAGUUUCGUGCCAAGGCUGAUGAAAUCCACAGGAACUCAAGGAAAGAUGCUGCAAAACAUUACAUAGAGUUCUGGAAGACAAUUCCUCCAACUGAACCAUACCGUGUGAUUCUUGGUGAUGUGAGGGACAAACUCUAUCACACACGUGAACGCUCUCGUCAGUUGCUGAGUAACGGAAUCUCUGACAUCUCUGCAGAAGCUACUUUCACCAAUGUGGAAGAGUUCUUGGAGCCUCUUGAGCUUUGUUACCGAUCACUAUGUGCAUGUGGUGACCGCCCAAUAGCUGAUGGAAGCCUUCUUGAUUUCUUGAGGCAAGUCUCUACCUUCGGACUCUCCCUUGUGAAGCUUGACAUUAGGCAAGAAUCUGAACGUCACACCGAUGUUUUGGAUGCUAUCACCAAGCACUUAGACGGUUCCUCCUACAGAGACUGGUCUGAAGAACGUCGGCAAGAAUGGCUUCUAGCUGAACUAAGCGGCAAGCGUCCGCUAUUCGGACCAGAUCUUCCCAAAACCGAAGAGAUUGCUGAUGUUCUGGACACAUUCAAAGUCAUAUCCGAGCUGCCUUCAGAUUGCUUUGGAGCUUACAUUAUCUCUAUGGCAACUUCACCCAGUGAUGUCCUUGCCGUUGAGCUCUUACAGCGCGAGUGCCACGUGAAGAAGCCACUCAGAGUUGUUCCACUCUUUGAGAAGCUAGCUGAUCUAGAAGCAGCUCCUGCAGCUGUUUCAAGACUCUUCUCUCUGGACUGGUACAAAAACCGCAUUAACGGUAAACAAGAGGUUAUGAUCGGUUACUCAGAUUCAGGGAAAGAUGCUGGACGUCUCUCAGCUGCUUGGGAGCUGUACAAAGCUCAAGAGGAGCUUGUGAAGGUUGCUAAAAAAUAUGGAGUGAAGCUGACUAUGUUCCAUGGCCGUGGUGGCACAGUCGGAAGAGGAGGUGGUCCAACACAUCUUGCUAUAUUGUCUCAGCCACCGGAUACAGUUAAUGGCUCCCUCCGAGUCACUGUUCAAGGUGAAGUCAUUGAGCAAUCGUUUGGAGAGGAACACUUGUGUUUUAGAACACUUCAGCGUUUCACAGCUGCUACUCUUGAGCAUGGUAUGAACCCUCCCGUUUCGCCAAAACCAGAGUGGCGCGCUUUGCUCGAUGCAAUGGCGGUUGUUGCAACCGAGGAGUAUCGAUCUGUUGUGUUCCAAGAGCCUCGAUUUGUCGAAUACUUCCGCCUUGCUACACCUGAGCUGGAGUAUGGACGUAUGAACAUCGGAAGCAGACCUUCAAAGCGAAAACCGAGCGGUGGGAUCGAGUCUCUCAGAGCAAUCCCAUGGAUCUUUGCUUGGACACAAACAAGGUUCCAUCUUCCUGUAUGGUUAGGAUUUGGAGCAGCUUUCAGGUAUGCAAUCAAGAAGGAUGUGCGGAACCUUCACAUGCUGCAAGAUAUGUACAAACACUGGCCUUUCUUCCGAGUUACCAUCGAUCUUAUUGAGAUGGUGUUCGCCAAGGGAGACCCCGGGAUCGCUGCAUUGUACGACAAACUUCUUGUCUCGAAAGAUCUAUGGGCCUUUGGGGAGAAACUCAGAACCAACUUUGAAGAAACCAAGAGCCUCGUCCUCCAGACUGCUGGACACAGAGACCUUCUCGAAGAAGACCCUUACUUGAAACAGAGACUUAGGCUGCGUGACUCUUACAUUACGACCCUCAACGUGUGCCAAGCCUACACAUUGAAGAGAAUCCGUGAUCCUAACUACAAUGUGACUCUGCGACCACACAUUUCCAAAGAGAUCAUGCAAUCAAGCAAAUCGGCACAAGAGCUCGUGAAGCUUAACCCAACGAGUGAGUACGCGCCUGGACUUGAGGACACGCUCAUCUUAACCAUGAAAGGUAUUGCCGCAGGACUGCAAAACACCGGUUAA